UCACUCUAUUUAUUAUGCAAUCGAACUCUUUGUUUCUCUCUGUCUUAACGAAGAAGAAGAAGAAGAAGAAGCUUUUUGUUAUGGCUGCUGAUGUUAGCUCUCUGGUUCGAGUACUCAACCGCUACAAGGGUGAUCGGACGGCUGGAAACGACUCAAAGACAACGAUGUCGUCGCUGAUCACCCAGGACUUGCUUGGUGGUAGCGGCGGCUCUGCAAGUGAUCACUCUAUAAACAACGAGUUUCAAGAAUUGGACCUCGACUUGCAGGUCCCCAGUGGCUGGGAAAAGCGUUUAGACUUGAAGUCAGGAAAGGUGUAUUUACAAAGAUGCAAUUCACCAUCAUCGUCAUCAUCAUCAGAUUACAAGCAUCAGCAAUCCAAUCAAACAGUUCCAAAGCUUCAAGAUUUAAACUUCCCGCCGUCGCCGUCGUCAAAACCCUUGUUAAAUUUUUUCGACGAGUCCUCAUUGGAGUUGAAACUGGUGUCAUCUUCCUCGCAAUCUUCAUCAUCAACCAAUAAUAUUUACCAGAGCGUCUGCACACUCGACAAAGUAAAAUCCGCUUUAGAAAGAGCGAAGAAGGAGCCUCAAAAGAAGCGAUUAUCCUCCAUGCGGAAUCCGCCGUUGCCCUUAUCGCCUUCAUAUUCAUCAUCUUCAUCAUCCAUCAGAGAUUCAAAAGACAAAGAAGAAGAUUUAAUAAUGGAAGAAAAUAAGUUUUUAGCUUGUUCGAUAUCUUCCCCGGUGGCAGUCGGCUGCCCCGGUUGCCUAUGUUAUGUGUUGAUAAUGAAGAACAACCCUAAAUGCCCAAGAUGCAAUUCAAUUGUUCCACUGCCUGCCAUGAAGAAGCCUAAAAUUGAUCUCAAUAUAUCUAUGUGAGGCCUCCAACUAGUAGCUUGAAUAGUAAAGAUGUAUCACCUAAUAGGACAUAAGUUUGAAUCUCUCACAGUUAAACCUAGAGUUUUCACCUGUUUCUUAGAUUCAACUGAAGGAUGAUUCUACUAUCUAUGUGAGAUAGGCUGAAGAAAGGUUUGAAUUUAUUCAAUUAAUGUUUUUGAUUUUGUAUAUGAUAGAUUAAUUAAUUUUAAUUUUGAAAAAAUAGAAAAAAAUUAUUAGCCAAAGAGAAUUUUAAGUAUGUAUGUGUAAAUUGAAUGAUCUAAAAAUGAGAAGAAAUGGUUUUUAUUUUA